AUUAAAUAUAUUUUGAUUACUCUUUCCUGUCUACUUUCCUUAAUUUUAAGUACUUAUUUCAAAGUUUCAGUAAAAACAAUCGUUUGUGAAACAAUGUAUGAAGAGCGAUUAUUUAAAUAAUGAAGUGUAAUUAUCAUGGCGGCUUACAAAUUUAUUUUAGAAAUAUUACGUAUCCAUGGAAAUAUAUGUUUUACUGACACGCGUUUUAGACGAAGUGGAAUACACAAUGCUAUGUUUAUCAAAAUAGUUGUGAUAUUAGCUAUUUUUACACCUUCUAGGGCUGAAGUAAAAACAUGUGGAAACCUGACGAUAGGGUAUUAUUGCCACGGAAACCAUGCCGAUGCUAAAAUUAGUCUUGUUCCAAAUGACUUCAUCGCAGUUUCUGUUCAAGACAAUGAUUUAAGGUGGUGGUAUUUUUCGAACGGGCAAUAUACUCGUAUAAGUCAUGAUGUUAGGCCAGCAAAAUAUGAGGAGAAUGUUUUCUCAAUUACUAUUCAUAAUCUUAAUGAAUCAGACGCUGGCAAAUAUCCCCUGGGUUGUGUGUAUCAAGGGCAGACUUACAGAAGUAGGAACGAUAUUUCAUUGGAUAGCAAAGCUGGGUUAGAUUUAGGAUGUGACAUAGAAAGUUCAACAUACAGUGGAAUUUCACAAACAACAAGAAUUCAUGUUAACAGUACUGGAUAUACUCCUUCGACGGCGGAGGUGGGGGAAACACCAAGCGUUGUAUUUACUAGCAUAGUCAUUACUAUCGUGGCGAUAUGUUCCGUGAUUGUCGUGCUGGUUUUUGCCGGAACGGUAAUAUUUGUUGUACGUAAAAGGGGAAUAACUCACAGGGCAUUAUCUCGUUUGGCGAGCCAUGAAGACAGUUCCACUGCACACCUUCAUAGGGAUACCGAGCCAAGUAUGUCGAAUUGUGCCAGGACCAGUAAUAUAUACAACGAAAUUGAUACUGACAUUAGUAAGAGAGACAAACACGGUUUCAACAAUUCGAAACUAUCUCUGUUAACAUUGCAACAAUCCCCUGCCCUUCCAAAGCGCCCAUCCAAUGCAAAACCAAUAAAACAUGACACUGAAUUAGAAUACGACAUGAUAAAGGAGGAUACAAAACAUUCCAAAGUGAAUGCCCCAAUACCUGGGGCUAGCAAGAAUGGUUCGUUAGAUGAUGACGAUUAUGCAACGAUAAGUCAAAAGGAAUAUCGUUCAGAAGACGUGAGAGACAAGGAAGAUAUACUGAACGACUCUAUACCAGAGUAUUCUAAAGUAGUGAAACGUCCAGUAUAUGCCAAAGUUCAAAAACGAAAAGAAAACGUUACUGGUACUUCUAAAGAAGCUGUUAAACAACAGAAAGACACAACGUAUACGAAUGAAUAUAAUGUUAAAUUUCCUGCUAUUGACUAUGCAAACAUUGUUACAAAGCUGGGGAACAACGAAAUAGUCACGUUAGAUGAGCCAGCAAAAUAUUGUAACCUUGCAGUGAGACGGAGGAGUGAGCGAAUGGCAAGUAGUAAAAGUCUAAAGUAUGCUGUUCUGGACCAUACUAACUGUGAAGCAUAUCUGAAGGAACAAAACUGUGGACCAUACGAUCUUCCUGAUUUUGUGAAACUCGUCAACUGUCAAUAUGCGUCAAUAGAUUUUAACAAGAAAGCUUUUGUCGCGCCUAUUCGGAAGGCCCCGUCUUCUUGGUAUAAGCGAAAUCGGAAACAACAAAAGAAGAAGGUUUAGAAUUGGGCUUAAAUAUACAAAUGAUUAUGACUGUGUUUAUUUCUUACUAAAUACUGCUAUGGUAUUGUCUACAGCGAUAGAACAUCAAUAAUUCAUUAAAACAUGCAAGUGUCGAAUUUUAUUUGAUUUCACGACAAGAUCAAUGUGGUUGAAAGAUAUGUUUUAAUAUUUUUAUUAUAAGAUGACUUGCUACUAACUUAAAUAUUAGCAGUUGAAAAAACAUUACUUUAAUUCAGGUGUUUUCUUUAAACAUUUAUAUACAUUUAUAUCAAUAAAUGGAUGAUUAUCCUUAUCUGUAAUCUAACAGUGAUCAAAGUAAAUGUUUUAUAUAUUUCUAUUAUAUUUCUAUCUGUUUGAUAACUUAAUUUUGUAGAAUAGUAGAAUAGAAAUGAUAAUUUAAAUUUAAUUAUUUCAAAUUGUUAAAGUGACAUUAUGCUCAUCCAAGAAUAAAUGAUGAAUAUCCGGGUAAAUGUCAAAGUUUAAUUACAUUUUGUCAUAGGUAUUUUCAAUUUUAUUAUCUACUUCACAUGUAUAAAUUACUAACCCAUGUGACUCACGGAAAAUUCUAUGAAUUUACCGGUAAUGUUCAACUGAAAUAAAGGAGUGUAGCAGUCUUUUUGCGAUUCAGACAGUUUUUAUGUGUUCUCGUAAAUAUUUCCCGUUGUCACUCAUUUGUCAAUGACAAUUAUGAUCAAUCUUUUUAAAAAAUAAAGCUAAUUUAAUUAAGGAUAUACAUUGCUUUACUUUACGUAAAAUAUAUUUCAAGCAGAAAUUUAGUAUAAUCUAAGAAAUUCUUACUGAAUAUGUUAAAUUCAAAUUUUAAAAUAAUGUACAAACUAUGUAUGGGAAGCUGCAUUACCUAUUGCGGGUCAAGUAAAGUUGGUCCUUUCUUUAAAAAAAUAAUGACAGUUUUUUAUUGUUUUGUUUUCUAAAUGACACUAUAUAUUCAUAUUGUGACUACUUAUAGUGUGUAGAGUUUGAAACAUAACUUACCUACUUUGUGUAAAGUCAAAACAUAUUUAUUUUAUAUUUAACAAGAGACUGUAUCAGUCAUAAAUGUUUUCAAAUAUCAAAUAUGUCCAUAGAGUAUCUUAAAAUUGACAACGAAAAAAACAGCAUAAUGUAACUUCUAUUAAAUUUUGACCAAAGGGAGUUAACCAAAUGAAUAUUCACUGAGGAAAAUAUACUUAACUCUUAAUAGUAAAAGUUAUUUGGAGAAUAAUUAAACAUUUUAAAGCCAUGUUUUUGUUAUUAGUAAUUUUGUUUAUUUUUAUAUUUAUGAAUUCUUUUGUUGAUAGUUGUCUUGAUGUUGUUGCUCAAUUAAAUAAAAGCUAUAUA